AUGAUUAUCUCCAAGCAGAACCGCCGCACCAUCUACGAGUCGCUCUUCAAGGAGGGUGUCAUGGUCGCCCCCAAGGACUUCGAGGUCAAGCACCCGGAGCUCGACCUGCCCAACCUCGAGGUGAUCAAGGCGUGCCAGAGCCUCACCAGCCGCGGCUACGUCCACACCCAGUUCAGCUGGCAGUGGUACUUCUACACCCUCACCAACGAGGGUCUCGAAUACCUCCGCGAGUACCUUCACCUGCCCGCCGAGAUCGUUCCCGCUACGCACAAGCGCCCUGCUCGUCCUCAGCGGCCCAUCGGUGGUGCUCGCGAGGGUGCCCCCCGUCCCUUCCGCGGCGACCGCGAAGGCGACCGCGAGUACCGCAAGAAGGAUGCUCCUCCCUCGGGCGAGUACCGACCCAGGUUCGGCGGUGUUGGCCGUGGCGCUCCUCGCGCUGAGUAA